GGUAACUCGUCCAUCAUCAAGCGCUCCACCUACUCCCCUGCAGUUCUCCGGCAACCAUUCCCAGCAAAGAAACACAGCAAUACUCGAAUUAACUACAGUUGUAGUAACAUAAAAGCUAAGUACUCCCCUUCUGUUGGCAAGUCCAUGACGAUGAAAGGUGUCAUCACUGUUCAACCCACCAUUAGUGACUCACUGGUCAACGUGACUGUGGGUCUUAUAAAGCAUGUGGUUGAUGGUGUUAAAGAUCAUUUAAAACGAUCAUUCUUGUUGGAGCUUGUUGCUGCUAAUCUUGAUUCAUCGGGUAAAGAGAAAGAGACGGUAAAGGCAUAUGCAAGUUACGUUGGAUUGGACGAUGAUGGAAAAUUACACAGAUAUGAGUGCAUGUUUGUGGUUCCUCAAGAAUUUGGGAAGAUAGGUGCAGUGUUGAUAGAGAAUAAACAUCAUAGCGAGAUGUAUCUCAAAAAUGUUGUUCUUGGUGAUGAUGAAAUCACUUUUACUUGUGAGUCAUGGAUUCACUCUAAGCACGAUAACCCUGAUAAAAGAAUAUUUUUCACCAAUAAGUCAUAUCUACCCUCAGAAACACCUGAUGGGCUAAAGUCUUUAAGGGAGAAAGAUCUCUCGUCUCUUCGGGGCAUUGGUGAAGGAGAGCGCAAAACAUUUGAAAGGAUCUAUGAUUAUGACAUGUAUGAUGAUCUCGGUGAUCCGGAUACUAACUCAGAUCUGGGUCGACCCGUUCUUGGUGGCAAGAAGUAUCCUUAUCCUAGACGUUGUCGUACAGGUCGGAAAAUGACCUCUACAGAACCCUGGUCGGAGUCAAGGACAACGCUCCCUUUUUAUGUGCCAAGAGAUGAAGAUUUUUCAGAGAUAAAGGAGGCAUCAUUUGGGGCGAGAACAUUGUACUCUGUGCUUCAUGCAGUUGUUCCAACGCUAGAUUCCAUAUUAACGGAAUCCAACAAGGGAUUUUCUUCAUUCAAGGACAUUGAGUUACUAUAUGAUGAAGGUGGUGAUGACAUUCCUAUGGAAAAUGGACUUCUCAGUUGUUUACCAAGACUUGUCAAAACUGUUGCCGAUAGUACCCAAAAUGCACUCCAAUUUGAGACUCCUCGAACCAUCGAAAGGGAUUCAUUUUCUUGGCUUCACGAUGAGGAAUUUUGUCGACAAACACUUGCUGGUGUUAAUCCAUAUAGCAUAAAGUUGGUCACUGAAUGGCCAUUGAUGAGCAAACUAGACCCUAAAGUUUAUGGACCAGCCGAAUCAGCAAUUACCAAAGAGAUUAUUGAGCAAAAGAUUGGAGGUCUCAUGACUCUUGAUGAGGCAUUAGAACAAAAGAAGCUAUUCUUGUUAGAUUAUCAUGAUCUUCUCUUACCUUAUGUGAAUAAAGUAAGAGAGCUUGAAGGAACAACUCUCUAUGGUUCGAGGACUUUAAUAUUCCUUACAUCUAAAGGAACACUAAGACCACUAGCCAUUGAGUUAACUCGCCCACCAAACAAUGGGAAACCACAAUGGAAACAUGUAUACACACCAUGUUGGGAUUCUACGGGUGCUUGGCUAUGGAAGAUAGCCAAGGCUCAUGUCCUUGCUCAUGAUUCUGGUUAUCAUGAGCUUGUUAGCCAUUGGUUAAGAACUCAUUGUGUUACUGAGCCUUACAUAAUUGCUACAAAACGCCAUCUUAGCAAAAUGCACCCUGUACAAAGACUAUUAUGCCCUCAUCUUCGGUAUACAAUGGAAAUCAAUAGCCUAGCUCGACUAGCCCUCAUUAAUGCUGGUGGUAUAAUCGAGUCAUCUUUCUCUCUUGCCAAAUACUCCAUGCAACUUUCUUCUGAUGCGUAUGCUCAACAAUGGCGCUUUGAUCAUGAAGCACUUCCUGAUGACUUGAUUAGCAGGGGAAUGGCUAUUGAAGAUGAAAGUGCACCACAUGGUAUAAAACUGACAAUCGAGGAUUACCCAUUUGCAAACGACGGUCUACUUCUUUGGGAUGCCAUUAAAGAAUGGGCUACCGCUUACAUAACUUUCUACUACCCACAACCAAAUCUUGUAGAAUCGGAUGAAGAACUUCAAUCAUGGUGGACAGAAAUCCGAACAGUGGGACAUGGGGACAAAAAAAAUGAACCAUGGUGGCCGAAUCUCAAAACCCAACAAGAUUUAAUCAAAGUUGUCUCAACAAUCAUGUGGGUAUCUUCCGCCCACCAUUCAGCGGUCAAUUUUGGUCAAUACGAUUAUGCUGGUUAUUUCCCCAACAGACCAACCAUUGCCCGAGUUAAAAUGCCAAACGAAGAUCCCACUGAAGAAGAAUGGCAAACCUUUUUAAACAAACCAGAAGAUGUUUUAUUAAAUUGCUUCCCUACCAAGAUUCAAGCUACUAAAGUGAUGGCGGUUUUGGAUGUUUUAUCGAGUCAUUCUUUAGAUGAAGAAUACAUUGGUGCUAACAUGGAGGCUGAAUGGGGGGAAGAGCCGGCUAUAAAGGCUGCAUUUGAAGAGUUUAAUCGAAGGUUGAAGGAGAUUGAAGGUAUUAUAGACUCAAGGAACUGUGAUCCGAAUUUGAAGAAUAGAUAUGGCGCAGGGUUAGUCCCGUAUGAGCUUCUCAAGCCAUUUUCUGAACAUGGUGUCACUGGAAAAGGUGUUCCUUAUAGCAUCUCAAUAUAAGAAGGUAAUGAUCUAUAAUUUGAAACAUGCUU